UUAGGAUUUCUCACAGCGAUGUCAUGGAAAAGUGCUCAUUAAUUGAACAUAACAAGCAAUUCAUACUAUUACUUCGUUUAAAGCAAAAAUACCCAUCAGCCUAAAAAGAAGAACAGUAAGGAGCCACAUUCAAAUAAAAAAAAAAAACUCGGAUCUGACUGUUGCUGAUACUUAAUUUGCAUUUGUUAAUAAAAUCGUGUAAAUAAAGUUGCUGCAGUUUGAACGUCAAAUUCAAACAUGGCUGCUUCUAUGUGGCGUGCGAGUCUUAGUCUGGGUUUUAGAUUAUUGCAGUCCUCGUUUAAAACAGCAAACCAGGCAUUGCAAACUAAAACCCAUUAUUUGGAGCAAGUGCGAAGUCACUACAUAGACUGGAAGAUGCUUCGGGAUGUCAAGAGAAGGAAGAUGGCUUUUCAGUAUGCCAGUGAUAGGUUACGCAUUAAUGCAAUCAGGAAAAAUACAAUUCUUCCGAAAGAGCUUCAGGAGGUGGCUGAUAAAGAAAUUGCAGCUUUCCCAAAAGACAGCUGCCCAGUGCGAAUUCGAAAUAGAUGUGUGAUAACCUCACGUCCACGAGGUGUAAAGCGCAUUUGGCGUCUUAGUCGUAUUAUGUUUCGCCAAUUUGCAGAUCACAGUCAGAUGUCUGGGAUCCAAAGAGCAAUGUGGUAGCAACAACCAUCAAAUGGGAGUUUGUUAAAUAGAUAUCCUGUUUGGACUGAAAAGAUUCCAUAUUUCUUCUACAUUUAUAUAGAGUUAAGAAGUAGCCAGUUAAGUUAAAAAAUGUUUCAUUGAUAAUGGCAAAAAUAUUACUGUAUAUUGGUAAUUAAAAUAUUUUAAAAAGAAUUGUUUUUGAUUAUUAAAAAAACCAUGUAUUUUAAAGAUGCUCUGACGGGUAUUAUGUAAAUGUAUUGUGUUAUGGUAAACAUAAUUAUUUUACUUUCUUUUUUGUUUCUGUUUAUUGUAAUAAUAUCGGGAGCACUGGAUGAGUAACAUGAUUCACUCCUGUACUGUGUGCCAAGCUAUUGCAGCAUAUUAACAUGGAUCCAGUUUAAAGUUGGCAGUUAAUUUUCAUGUGAUGUAGGUACAGAAGCAGAAAUCCACACCGGUAGAAAACCCACAUGGAUAAACAGCACAUUGACAGUGGGGCUUUCUAAGUUUGAAACAAGGACUUUGAAAACAUAACUGAGUUGUUUUAACACACAUCACCAUACCAGCCUUUAAAUAAUUAAAUAUAGAAGUUUAAUGUGACCACGUUCUGUGUGAUCUUAUAGACAAUAUUUGAUUUACUUAAUAUUAAUUUUUAAGGUAAAUGUACUUUCACUAAUUUUCAGUUAUAGUUUCCUUUAACUUGUGUUGAAAUUAAUAUAAUUUUGAACAUAGGAAAGUUGUAAAAAGAGAGGAGAGCAUUUAGUCUAUCAAACCUGUCCCAAUAUCUUAUACAGAUAUUUCUUAGAGGUUGUUAAGGUUUCUGCUUCAACUUGGUAGUUUGUUUCAGAUUCCCACAACCCUUUGAGUAAGAAAGUGUUUCCUGGCUUCCUCAGUUUUCAUGGAUAUGUACAUGAUUUGCUAUUUAGUUGAAAGAUUUUUGUGGAUCAACUGUAUCAGUGAUUUUGAGAAUUUUGAAAACCUGGAUUUGGUCCUAAAAUAACCUAAUCUGCUCGAGACUAAACAGACUUAAUUCUCUGAGCCUGCAAGUGUAGGGCAUGUCCUUAAGUUCUGGGAUGCACCUUGUUGCUCUCCUCUGUUUAAAAUAUCUGCUAUAAAAAUGAUACUUUAAACUAUGAAGGUAGAUAUUUACAUUUAUUGAACUUUCAAAACACAUCUAACACAGAAUGUUACAGUGUUAACUCAUUUGUCGGACUCAAAUUUAUUUUAAACCCAAACAGUCUUUAGCUUAUUUCAGUUGACCUUUUAUAUUGCAUUUGAUUUGCUUAUGUCCAGAAAUAUUUUUGAUAGGCUCUGGCUUUCUGAACAAGUUAAAGACAUUGAUCAGUAGAUACUUGAUGGGAGAAAUUUAUUAUUUUCUAGUAUUCUUGGUAGCUCUUUAAAUUGAUAUGUGUAAUAUUAUGUGCAAAAUAAUGCCGAAUUGACUAAAUGUAGCCUUUCAGAAUUAUUUGCAAUUAAAAUGAACAUUUGGAAUUAUA